UCAGCUCACUCUGCGAGCAGCCCUAGCUAUCCUUAACUAAUCCCACCACUUCCCAUCUUUGCUACAGCUUGGCUUAGUACAAGGAAAGAAUUUUUGUGCUUGCUAUCAUCAGGUUAAACACUACGACUGUGUCCAUGUUAGAACUCAUAGAAGUUAAUGGAACCCCUGGUAGCCAGCUUUCUACUCCCCGCUCUGGGAAGUCUCCAAGCCCAUCUCCUACCAGCCCAGGAAGCCUGCGAAAACAGAGGAGCUCCCAGCACAGUGGUUCCUCUACCUCAUUAGCAUCCACCAAAGUUUGCAGUUCCAUGGAUGAAAAUGAUGGACCUGGAGAAGAAGUGUUGGAAGAAGGCUUCCAGGUUCCAGCAUCAAUAGCAGAAAGAUAUAAAGUUGGAAGGACUAUAGGAGAUGGAAAUUUUGCUAUUGUAAAGGAGUGUAUAGAAAGGUCAACUGGUCGAGAAUAUGCUCUGAAAAUCAUAAAAAAAAGUAAAUGUAGAGGAAAAGAGCACAUGAUCCAGAAUGAGGUAUCUAUUUUAAGAAGGGUCAAACAUCCCAAUAUUGUUCUUCUGAUUGAGGAGAUGGACAUGCCAACUGAGUUGUACCUUGUCAUGGAGCUUGUAAAGGGAGGAGACCUUUUUGAUGCCAUUACCUCCACUAACAAAUACACAGAGCGAGAUGCCAGUGGGAUGCUGUACAAUCUGGCCAGUGCCAUCAAAUACCUCCAUAGCUUGAACAUUGUUCACAGGGAUAUCAAACCAGAGAAUCUACUGGUUUAUGAACACCAAGAUGGAAGCAAGUCUCUGAAGCUGGGAGACUUUGGGCUGGCAACAAUAGUGGAUGGACCUCUUUACACAGUCUGUGGGACCCCUACAUAUGUAGCUCCAGAAAUCAUUGCAGAAGCUGGAUAUGGCCUGAAGGUGGACAUCUGGGCAGCUGGUGUGAUUACUUACAUCCUGCUAUGUGGCUUUCCUCCAUUCCGUGGAUGUGGAGAUGACCAGGAAGUGCUUUUUGAUCAGAUUUUGAUGGGCCAGGUCGAUUUCCCAUCUCCAUACUGGGAUAAUGUUUCUGAUUCUGCAAAGGAACUUAUCACCAUGAUGCUUCAGGUAGAUGUAGAUCAGCGAUUCUCAGCCUUGCAAGUUCUCGAACAUCCGUGGGUUAAUGAUGAUGGCCUUCCAGAGAAUGAGCAUCAGCUUUCAGUAGCUGGGAAGAUAAAGAAGCAUUUCAAUACAGGGCCUAAACCCAACAGCACAGCAGCUGGAGUUUCUGUCAUAACAACCACCGCUCUUGAUAAGGAGAGGCAGGUUUUCCGACGAAGACGCAACCAGGAUGUGAGGGGACGUUAUAAGACUCAGCAAGCUCCACCUGAACUCAACUCUGAAUCGGAAGACUAUUCACCAAGUUCAUCCGAGACUGUUCGCUCACCUAACUCACCCUUUUAAUAAAACACUUUUGCUCAAAGUCUUGGUUUAACCCUUUGAGAUUCUGAAAAUCCUCCAAACCUGUGUGAAAUGGUUACAUCUGCUCUAUCUAGCACUAAUGCACGAAUGAUGGAACAGAAAAGGGUGUUUACAGUAUCUUUGUAAUAGUAAUUUCCUAACUGACUGAAAUGAUACUUGUGCUCUGUCUAGAUUGUGACUUGCUGCUAAAAUGAUCCUCAAAGGGUUAAGACUAUUUUGCAUUUUUUUAAGAUAAGAGCAAUGAAUGUUUUCAUCAGUCAUGCUGGGACCUGCAGUUUGUAAUUUUAGCACAUGUUAACCCUCUGAGUGCAUAGUAAUCUUUAACCCUGAUGGCCCACACUAGGGCUUUAUUGACUUACAUGCACAUAUCUUUCCCCCAUCUCCUUAGUUCUUUCCCCAGUUUUCUGGCCAAAACAAUAUCCAAAUGCUACUCUAUUUGAGUGACUGCAAAUAGGGGCUUUUAAAAAUCUUGUUUUAGAGC